AUGGCACAAAUCGACACCCUCGAUCUGAUCGUCCUGAUGGGCCUGCUCGUAGGAACCGUGGCUUACUUCACCAAAGGAACCUACUGGGCUGUCCAGAAAGAUCCGUACGCCGCCGCCCCCGGUGCUGCCAACGGAGCCAAGGCCGGCAAGACCAGGAACAUCGUCGAGAAGCUGGAUGAGACUGGCAAGAACUGUGUGAUUUUCUAUGGCUCGCAGACCGGGACUGCCGAGGACUACGCGUCCCGACUGGCCAAGGAGGGCUCUCAGAGAUUUGGUCUCAAGACCAUGGUAGCUGAUCUCGAGGAAUACGACUACGACCUCCUAGACACUUUCCCCGAAGACAAGGUUGCCUUCUUCGUGCUCGCAACCUACGGCGAGGGCGAGCCCACCGACAAUGCAGUUGAAUUCUAUCAGUUCGUCACUGGAGAGAGUCCGGAGUUUACGGGUGGCGCGUCUGAUGAAGAGAAACCUCUUGCUUCCCUCAAAUAUGUCGCUUUCGGUCUCGGAAACAACACAUACGAGCACUAUAACUCCAUGGUCCGACACGUCGACGCUGCUCUAACCAAGUUGGGAGCCAAGAGAAUCGGUGAUGCUGGUGAAGGAGACGAUGGUGCCGGAACAAUGGAGGAAGACUUUUUGGCUUGGAAAGAGGGCAUGUGGACUGCCCUCAGUGCUGAGCUCGGGUUGGAGGAGCGUGAAGCUGUCUACGAACCCAUCUUUUCCAUCACGGAGCAGGAUGAAUUGACUGCUGAAGAUUCCGCCGUCUAUCUUGGCGAACCAAACCUCAGCCACCUGGAACACGCUGGUAAAGGCCCGUAUUCUGCUCACAAUCCCUACAUUGCUCCCAUCGCCGAAUCUCGUGAACUGUUCGCCGUCAAGGACCGAAACUGUCUGCAUUUGGAAAUCGAUGUCUCCGGAAGUGGUUUGCAUUACCAGACUGGUGACCACAUUGCAGUAUGGCCUUCUAAUGCUAGCAUGGAAGUUGAUCGCUUCUUGAAAGUUUUCGGUCUCGAUGCCAAACGCGAAACCGUCAUCAAGAUCAAGGGUAUUGAUGUUACCGCUAAAGUUCCUUUCCCCAGUCCGACCACAUACGAUGCCGCCGUCCGUUACUACAUGGAAAUCUGUGCUCCAGUGUCUCGCCAGUUUGUCAGCACGCUCGCCGCAUUCGCACCGGAUGAGAAGGCGAAAGCUGAAAUGGUACGUCUUGGAAAUGACAAAGAUUACUUUCAGGAGAAGAUCACCAGCCAAUGCUUUAAUAUCGCACAAGCUCUGGAAAGCAUUUCGUCCGCGCCUUUUACUGCUGUGCCCUUCUCAUGCUUGAUUGAAGGGAUCAACCGUAUCCAGCCUCGUUACUACUCCAUUUCUUCCUCCUCCCUGGUUCAAAAGGAGAAAAUUAGUGUCACCGCUGUUGUCGAGUCCGUUCGCAUCCCUGGCGCCACCCACGUCGUCAAAGGUGUCACCACAAACUACCUAUUGGCACUCAAGCAGAAACAGCACGGAGAACCGAGCCCCGAGCCCCAUGGAGUCACGUACGCUAUCGAUGGCCCCAGAAACAAGUACGACGGUAUCCGUGUUCCCGUUCACGUACGCCAUUCGAACUUCAAAUUGCCCUCGGACCCUUCCAAGCCUAUUAUCCUAAUUGGACCCGGUACCGGUGUCGCGCCCUUCCGUGGGUUCGUUCAAGAGCGCGCUGCUUUGGCUGCCCGAGGAGAAAAAGUGGGAACAACUGUUCUAUUCUUUGGAUGCCGGAAAAGUACCGAGGAUUUUCUCUAUGAAGAUGAGUGGAAGACCUACCAAGAGCAGAUGGGAGACUCCUUUAAGCUGUUCACUGCAUUCUCCCGUGAGGGUGCCCAAAAGGUCUAUGUUCAACACCGUCUACGUGAAAACGCGGCCUUGAUCAAUGAUCUCUUGGCACAGAAAGCUUAUUUCUACGUCUGUGGCGAUGCUGCACACAUGGCUCGUGAAGUCAACACUGUCUUAGGCCAAAUAAUCUCAGAACAACGUUCCUUGACCCCAGAGAAAGGCGAGGAAAUCGUAAAACAUAUGCGGAGCAGUGGAACAUACCAGGAAGAUGUAUGGUCCUAA